CUCGAUAGGAAAACUUUGUGUGUAUUUCGUAGUGAGAAAUCUCAACAAUGUCAUCAUCAUGUGCUUAGCGGCCACACACUGCGGCUAAGUACACGGAAGUGCUACCCCUAUCGGUUUAAACACGGAGACAUCCAAAACUUUGUUGUCUUUUUUUUAUCGUAGUAUAAACUUCUCCAAGCCAUUCUACUGUUGGUGUUGGUGAUGUAUACGGCUGUCAUGGCGUUGCAGUGGUGGCUAGCUUUUCUAAUAAUGAUCGAACCCUGUGUGAGUGCAGCGGCAGCGGAACAACUCGAACCGAUCGUAUGGAGUGUCGGCAACCCUAUAUUCCGACGAGGAUUGCGAUACAUAGUACAAGUGAGAAUCGAAGACACGGUUGACAUAAUAUGUCCAGAAAAACCAAAAGAUAAUUUGGGAGACUCGCCGUCGGAAUAUUAUCGUAUAUACUUGGUGUCUAAAAGCGAUUACGAAAAAUGCGACACAACAACGAGUCGUUUGUUGCUGAACUGCGACCAGCCGAGCGUGGAGACCAAGUUCACCUUUCUCUUCACACAAUUAAGUCCCGUCCCCAAUGAUUUUAUUUUCCAACCUUGUCAAGACUACCACCUCAUUUCGACAUCAAACGCAACUGAGGCCGGUGACGAAGGGAUGGAGAACAAAAUGGGCGGGGUAUGUCGGAGUAACAAUAUGAGGAUAAUUAUACGGGUAUCAUGCACAGUACCAACUUAUAGCCAAAUACUGCCCUAUAAAACAGCUCGUCCAACAGGACAGACUCCACAACCCAAGCCAUGGAAAUUUACCACAACAAAGCCUGUCGCCUUGGGGGAUAAUAGUUCAUCACCCAGCAUACAUUGCAGUACACAAACAUUAAAAAUAUUAUUAUUACUGUUAGUCUUAUAUCAGAGGUGAGAUUCAAACUUGAUUGGCUAUUGAUAGCAGUCAUGUCAUCGACACUUGAAUCACAAUCAUUGCAAUACUCAAUCAGGGACAUAUCUCAGAUGCUUUAAUUAAUCGCAUGUUUAAAUAAUUUAUGGAUUUUGGCAAUCAGCCAUUGCUUGCAUCAUUAUUCAAUGUCAAGUUGGAAGAGAAUCAGCAAAGAAACCUAAUGCUUGAAAUGUUGGAGAGCGAGGAUGAUACCAUGGAGUGCUAUAAAUAUGGGCAAAGAAAAUAUCUUCUAUAGUGACAAGCAAAGACGUCUUGGCCUUAUGCCGAGGAAUGGUACUGGGCAAUAGGUAAACAACAUUGAUGUAUCAUGAAUGAUGUCACACAUCAUGAUGUAAUAAAUGAACAUUUUGAGAAAAGCUCAUUAGAUAAGGAAACAUCUUUCAAAUGAUAAAUAUAUUUGAUAAGGAAAGAGAAAUAAGAGAAAGUAAAAACAUUUCACUGAAGAAAUAAUUUUCCACAAAUUGUUGCUUUCAAGUAUUCUUUAUUCUCUUUGUACAUAUUUUCAUAAAAAAAUGUUCUUUCUAGCAAAAUAUCUAUUUACAUAAAAUAAAAGAACAGGAACAAACAAUAUUGUCAUAAUUUAAUAACUGUCAGUCAAAUGAAUGUGAUUGGCUUGUCUAUGCCAUUAUGUACUAUAAAAAGUACCAGGUUCAGAUUCCAUGGUAACAAACAAAAUACAAGUAUGAUAGUGUUCUAUUUAAUGAAAUCUUUUGCAACGUGCCUUUAUAUGCAAAUUUUCUAAUUAUAUCACAUGACCAGACCUGUCAUUUACUGGAUUGGAAGAUCACAUUUUACAAAGUCUUCCAAAGCACAGUAAACUGCUUCCAUUCAUGCGUCAAAUUUUGUACCAGUGAUGGGGAGUUGCUGAGAAUUUUUCAUCAACACAACCGCUUUUAAAAUUAACGAUUUAUAGCAAGUGAAAGAAUUGAAUAUAUGAGACACUUCUUUGCAGU